AUGAAUAAAGCUGCUGUUCAACAAUUUUUAGAAACAGGAGGAGAUUUUCAAUCCGAGUAUGACUUCAAGAAAUUGUCUCAAUAUUUGAUUGCUAUUCCACCUCCUGUUUUGUCUCAAGAGCCAGAUAUUCCACAUCUUUUAGAAAGAGUUAUGAAAUCUGUUCACAAAGUAUUGUUGAACGAAAUUUCGAAAAUUAAUGAAUCUACAGAUAUAAUGAAAUCAAUGGAUGCAGAUUUUCAAGAAAGUUUAGAAAUUCCAGCAACAAAUUCAUUUAAUUAUUUCGACGUUGCACAGUUAUCAUACCUACAUAACAAAAUAGAGAAAUAUUUUAAACUCUCAUUCGAUUUGAAGACAGAAAUUUUAAAUAAUAAGAUUGAACUAAUAAAAGCAAUGAUUCCUUUAGUCAAUUACUUAUAUUCGAACCCUAUGCCGAUUUUAUUCCGUACAUCACGUCUGAUGUCGCCAGCAGAUCGAAGUUCUUUUAUUUAUUCUCGAAAACCUCUGAGACGGCUUCAAUCGCUACGAAGAAAAUCAUAUGAUAUUAAUUUGAAAAUUCAUUUUACUCCUCCUCCAUUCAGAUCAAGAAGAAAAAACAUACAAUUUUUAAAUAAUCUAAUUGAUCAAGGUUUAGCUGCUAAAAAGACCGGAACAACAUAUUUCCCUGAAUUAGAGAAAGAAGAUUUAUUGUAUCUCUUCCUUAAAUUACCUGUAUCUCCACUUUUCAAAGAAAAAUUAUAUCCAUUACCUCCGGAAGCCGAAUUAACGCCAGAAUACAUCAAAGAAUGGAUUGACAAUGCAACAAUAUGUGUUGCUGCUUAUCUUAAAACAGAAGAUUACGAUCGCGCAGAUAUUCUUCAAAUUCUCCUUCAAAGAUUCAUUUUCACCGACCUUUACCCUAAGCUAUAUGAAGAGCCAACUGAUAUUGAAACUCUCAACAAUUACAACAAAAAUAUUGAGAAAUUUCGGAAGAAAAAUCCAAUUGAAGUCGGAAUUAAGGGCAAAUAUAUUAAAGAAGGUUACGAAGAUAAACCAGUUGAAGAAUUGUUCUUAAUUGAUGAAAAUUCCAAGUCCCCAAUUGAUUGGAUUAAUUUAUCAGAAUUUUGCAUCGCUCCUAUUGAUGCAGCCUUCUGCCUUGCAAAGGCACAUGAACAUUUAUCAAUGAUGUGCGUUCUGAGAGCUGCAAAAGCGAACCAUCCGAGUAAAGUUGAAAAUUUCAUGGAUAAAAUGCCAGGAUUCGAUGAUAUCUUUGAAAUAUGGAUGGCCAUGAUGAGCGCGUGCAAUCUCAGAGAUCCUUUCUGCAUUUUAAGACAUGUUAUGAAGUAUUCGAAUCUUCCUGGCUAUAAAGGACGCUUGAUGUCUGCAAUAACAUAUCUUGAAGCAUCAAUUACUCAAUUUCAAGAAGAAAAUCAUGAAUAA